AUGAAUUUCAAUGGUACUUGCAGAUGCCAUCUCCAGGUCCUAAGAAAACUGCAAAGAGGCGCCAAUUCUAAAUUCGCCGGACCUGCCGCCACCUCCUCCUCCACGCGCCCCUCGGCUCGCUCCCCUGAGUCUGUCCGCAACGCUCUCUCCCUCAGGAACUCCACUGCGCCCGGCGCGGCGGGAAAACCCCGCCAGGUGCCUCCCGGCCCGGGGGGCUCCCGUCGGACCUCCGCUCCCGCAGGGAGCCUCAGUUCGCCAACCGCCGUAGCCGCGCGCGCCCCUCACGCACACUCACCAGCCCCAGCCGGAGCGGCCAUCUUAGCGCUCGUCUCCCGCGCCCCCGCUCCCAGCUCCCCGCUCCCCGGUGCAGCGGCGGCGGCCCGGUGGGGCGGCUACGUCAGUGAUGACGCCGCGGCCGACCCCACCCCCAACCCCCUCCCGGCCUCGGCGGCGACUGCGGACCCGUGGGUGGCUUGA